ACAGUGUGACAAAUGUGACAGAUGGUACCAUGAGCAGUGUCUUCACAUGGAUGAAGAACAACUCCAAAAAGAAAGGGCAAGCAACUGGUGCUGGAGCGCUUCCUGAGCCUUCUUCCUGAAAUCAACACUUUCUUGGACAGCAAGGGGAAACACCAGCCAGAGUUGAAAGACCCACACUGGAUCAUACAGCUGGCCCUCCUUACUGACAUUACAUGUCACCUGAACGCUCUCAACUUGCAGCUCCAAAGGAGAGACAAGCUUCCAAGUGAAAUGCUAAAGGCAGUCAGAGCAUUCCAAAACAAAAUAACUGCUCUGUGGAUACCUGACAGAGAACUCAUCCACUUCCCAAAACUCAACAACAACAACCACAAGUGACCCAUCUCUGCAGCAGCACCUCAGCUACAGAGGAUUUGUUGAAGUUUUGGAGGAGCUAAAGGGUGAGUUUGAAUCCAGAUUCAGUGAUGUGACUGAACAUAAGGAGAUUUUCAAUUUUAUUGAAAACCUCUUCCAUGUGGAUGUAUCCUCUCUCACUCCAACCAUCACACAGCUCUGCCCUGGUAAUUGUGCCGCUCUGGAGAGUGAAAUAAUGGAGAUGCAAACAAAUGACAUUCUCCAAGUUGAACUCAGAGCAGGUGCUGGCCACUUCUGGAGUUUAGUUUCUGAAGCAGACUUUCCCACUUUGAAACCAUUUGCACAGAAAGUGAUGUCUUGAUGAUUCUUCAUGAGCACAUACACCUGUGAGUCAACAUUUCCAACCAUGAACACUAUCAAGAGGAAACAGAGAAACCGACUGACCCAUUCUCAUCUUGAAUGCCUCACUGUGAUUGCAACAACAAGUUACAAAUACAACAUGAAGAAAGUCAAGGACAUGCAUGCCAGCUUCCACUCACCCCAGUAUUAAGCCACGUGGGUCGGAGGAUUCUUUAUCAUGGGCUUAUCUGAGAUGAUAUACAUGCCCUCUCUGGGACUAACGAUGGCGGUAGUCAUGCUAUCAGCUGACUCCUUUUCCCUCAUCUUGGGUGGCCUCGUGUUUGCCAAGCCAAUGAGAGACAGCAAAUAUGUGACCUUGUUGGACCCUUUCCAGAUCAAGUAUGGAAAAGCUAUGACAGUCAUUCAGUCGCUGGCUUUACUCCUAGCCGAUGUUAUGUUCUUGGCUGCAACACUUAUUAGUUUAGGCGCCACCAUGCAUGUGAUUUUGGAUUUGUCCUACCCUGUAAGCAUCUGGAUCUCAUCUGCAGUGGUCAUUGUGUACACACUAAUGGGCGGUCUCUACUCUGUGGCCUACACAGACAUAGUGCAGGUCAUCCUCAUAUUUUUAACCAUGUGGAUCUGUGUCCCCUUUGUCUUGACGAACCCCUACUCCCUGGAUAUUACCCAGACAGCCCUGAACAACACUUUUCAGGCUCCCUGGAUCAAUAGACUGGAGAGGAAGUUUGUCUGGACAUACAUCGAUAAUUUCUUUUUUCUGGCACUGGGAAAUCUGGGAUAUCAAACCUUCCACCAGAGGACCUUGUCUGCUGCUUCCUCAUCUGCAGCCAGGAUCACAUGCUAUGUUGCUUCUUUCACCAUCUGGAUAUUUGGAAUACCUCCUAUACUGAUUGGAGCAGUGGCUGUAUCUACAGACUGGAACCUCACUUCUUAUGGUUCUCCGUCUCCAUUGGAACGUGGGGAGGGAGCUAUGGCCCUGCCUAUCGCCAUCCACCACCUCACCCCAAGCAUUGUCUCUAUCAUUGGUACUGGAGCCAUGGCUGCUGCUGUUAUGUCAUCAGCUGACUCUGGUUUACUCUCUAUAGCCUCCAUUUUCACUUCUAACAUCUACAAGCCUAUCCUGAGGCCUCAGGCAUCACAGAGAGAAAUCCAGUGGGUGAUCCGUGCUACUGUGGUUGUGGGGGGCUUGCUUGGUACAUCCCUCACCAGCCUGAAAAACAGUAUCAUAGCACUGGUGUUCCUCGGCUGUGAAAUCUCCUACAUCUUAAUCUUCCCUCAUUUCGUCUGCGUCCUCUUCUUCAACAUCUCCAAUGGCUACGGGGCUUUUCUGGGCUGGCUGACGGGGUUGGUGUUAAGACUGCUGAGUGGAGAGCCAUCAUUAGGGUUAGCACCAGUCAUACACUUCCCAGGAUGCACUCUUGAGGAUGGUGUUUAUGUCCAGUACUCUCCGAUUAAGACCAUCGCCAUGCUUUCUGCCUUUGCUGCCAACUUGUCGUUCUCCUACCUGGCCGUUAUGCUCUUCAACAAAGGCAAGAUUCCUGAGAAGUGGGAUGUGUUCAAAGUGAAAGCCCAGCACUCACCAGAACCACUGACACCAACAGAUGGUUCACAAGGAGAUGAGACUGUGACCUUUUUAAAAAUGACCAAACAAGACGCCUCAGAUCCAGCGAGGGGGUGAACAAUGUAAAACAGUAUACGUUUAAAUGUUUGACUCAUGACUGUAUUUUACAGACUCAUGACCAAUGCAAGAGGGAACAUGUUCAGCCUUUAUUUUGUAACAGGUGUAUGGGGAUUUAAAUUAGAUUAUGGUAUGCUUUUUCUUUGCUCUUGCUGAUUACGAACAGGGUAGAGUCACUAAAAAUUUAUGAACCAGUGUGCAACAACAAAAAAUGUCUUACUGGCUUCAGACUUUUUGACUGCACUAUGUUUUGUAUCACUGUGUACCAGCACUUCAUAUGAGCUACAGCACAUUGGUGUUUGCAUUGAGUGAUAGAUAAAACCUGCAGUGUUGUGUUUUAUGGCUGUGUUACUGCAUCAAAUGGAAUUGUUCUGGAUGUUUUGUGCAUGUUUCCCCUAAAUUUGUCCAGACAUACAGUAACUUGCUGGGCAUCGGGAAACUUUUUAAUGAACUGUGAGGGUUCCUUUCAGAAAAUGAAAAGAAGUUUUACUGCUAUUGCAUAAUGUACGUAAAGUUUAUUAUGUACUAAAUUGAUUCAUUAAGUACAGUGUGUGCUGGGAUGUUACGCUUUCCUCAUUAAAAUGACAUUAAAAUAAA